AUGUCUGAAAAACAUGGAUUUGAAGACUUGCGAAAUAGAUACAAGGACGUACUCUCCAAAGCGUUUACGACCAACAACAUUGACUUACUGGAUUCGUUUUCGAAGAACAUAAAUGAGACCGACAGGAAAGCAGCGAUGGACCAAGCAUACAGAGAUAAGCUCUUAGAGUUGUUGAUUGAAGAACCAAACACUUUAGAAAACUUCGUAUCAUUCUGUAUAGAAUCGUGUAGGCGGCAAAUGGUAACACCUACGAUGCCCGUUGUUCUUUUGGGAGAUAUUUUUGAUGCACUUACAUUGAAUAAAUGUGAGAAAAUGUUUUCGUAUGUUGAAAAUGGUGUAAACAUCUGGAAAGAAGAGUUGUUCUUUGUGGCUUGCAAAAAUAAUCUAUUAAGAAUGUGCAAUGACCUCCUUAGAAGAUUGUCAAGAUCUCAGAACACUGUUUUCUGUGGCCGAAUAUUAUUGUUCUUAGCCAAAUUCUUUCCGUUUUCGGAGAGGUCAGGUCUAAACAUAGUUUCUGAGUUCAACCUUGAAAAUGUUACUGAGUUUGGGGUUGAUAAUUCUAGCACACUGAAAGAUGCGUUAGAUGAGGAAAUGGUUUUGGAAAAUGAUGAAAAAAGUAAACUGAAUAUCGAUUAUAAUUUAUACUGCAGAUUUUGGAGCCUUCAAGAUUUUUUCAGGAAUCCUAACACUUGUUAUAAUAAAAUUCAGUGGAAGACUUUUGUUGCGCAUUCUGGAAGUGUACUUUCAGCAUUCUCCUCAUACAAACUAGAAGCAGUUGAACUCCAAAAGUCCAAGCUGAAUCGUCUUAAAACCAUGGAUAUUGAUGUUGAGAUGCAGGAGUCCAAGGAACAACACUACUUUGCUAAAUUCCUCACUAACCAGAAGCUGUUAGAGUUACAAUUGUCAGACUCUAACUUCAGAAGAUGUGUGCUGAUACAGUUUUUAAUACUGUUCCAAUAUUUGAUUUCAACAGUUAAAUUCAAAAUGGAAUCCCAAGAGCUAAAGUCUGACCAACUUGAGUGGGUUAAAGAGACAUCUUCAUUGGUGUACAAAUUGCUGGGUGAGACACCACCGCAUGGCAAACAAUUUGCUGAGUGUGUGAAACAUAUUUUGAAAAGGGAGGAACAUUGGAAUAGUUGGAAAAAUGAUGGGUGCCCAGAAUUCCAGAAGCCAAAACCUCCUGUACAAGUAGACCCUUCCGAUGAAAUCAAGAAGUCGAGGAAACGUCGACGUCCUGUCGGAGACAUUAUCAAAGAAUACGAGUCCCAAAAGAAAUCAUAUAUGGGAAACAACGAAUUGACAAAAUUAUGGAACUUGUGCCCUGACAAUCUUGCCGCCUGCCGCACUAAAGAGAGGGACUUUAUGCCAUCACUGGAAUCUUACAUGGUAUGCGAGAGCGAAACAGAAACAGCUCGCCGUACGUCGUGUGGCGGGUGGGGCUGGCGCGCGCUGAGACUGUUAGCGCGACGCUCUCCGCACUUCUUCGUGCACACUAACAACCCUAUCGGACGACUCCCGGACUACCUCAAUGCUAUGGUCGAUCGUGUCACCCGUGAAGUGGCAGCGACGGCCGCAGCCAACGCUAACGGAGAAUCAUCUAAACAUAAUGACAAAGCGAUUAAACAGGACAACGAAGAAGAAAUUACAGAGGAACAAAUGGAAGUUGAUCUUAUAAAGGAGGGAGAUGCCAAUGACAUUGAACAGGUACCAGAUUCCACCCAUGCGGUCGAAGAUGACUACGACAAGACAACGCGUUCCCGCGUCACUACGAUAUCCUCAUCACAAAUGGAAGCUCUAUGCUCCAAACUUACCGACUGGAAGAAGUUAGGAAGUAAACUUGGCUACAAACCUGAUGAAAUUCAAUUCUUCGAAACGGAGAACGCCACCGAUCCUUUAAGGGCUAAGAAUAUGCUCACGCUCUGGUUUGAUGAUGACGAAGAUGCGUCAGUAGAGAAUCUUCUGUACAUUCUUGAGGGAUUGAAGAUGACUGAGGCCUGCGAGGCUUUGAAGAACGCUAAAUGA